UUAAGAUGCCUAGAUACUGUUUGUUUGGUGAUACUGUGAACACGGCAUCGAGAAUGGAGAGCCACAGUUUACCGGGGAAGGUUCACAUUAGCCCUUCUACCUACAGAGCGAUCAAGGGUAAAGGGUUUGAAUGCGAGGCCCGGGGUGGGAUGGAGAUCAAAGGUAAGGGUAGGAUGAUGACACACUUUGUGAUUGCUCGAUCAAACCAGACCAAUGAUGACGACACAGACUCAGCUUCGGACUCAGAUUCAGAUGAAGGGGAUAACGCCCUCACGUGUCCUGAUGGUAACGAAGUCAGAGCCCCUGUCAUCAUCAACGAACCGCACCACGAACAGACUACGAAUAAAGACGACAUCACUACGAUCAGAGCAGGCGAAACAGUGCCCUCUAGAGUCGAGACCCAGGCAUCUACAUCUACACCACCAUCGUCCGAUGUUACCGAGAGAAGAACCUCUUCAGCAUUAUGCAUUGUGCUUUAA